CUGGAAUCGUGUUCUGGUCGAAGUAGUUCAGUGAGACCGGACAGUCUGCGACGUGAGCUGGAAACGAUAAAAGCUCGAGAAUUGGUUGCUACUGAAGCAGCAGCAGAAACACGUUCAGUUGCUGUUGCAACCGAUCCACUUCCGCACAGUCGAUUCCGGAAUAAUUCCCACUCCGGCGAUGAUGUAUUUUUCAUAAUUAUUAAAAAGAAGGAAAUUAUUUUCGCAGCAUUAUUAAUUGCUGUUACCUCUCACUCCUGA